UAGUAGUAAACCAUGUUGCAUGUCCAAACGUGUUGUUUAGUUUCGGUAAAAACACCUUUUAAUAAACCCCAUAACACUCAGACACGUAUUCGUGUAAAAACAGACCAUUCUGAGUUGAAACGCCUGAGAGUGCAGUGGGUUCAUUAAAGUUGAGAGAUGGGAAAAACGACAUGGAUGCUUCUGUCCAGAAUCCACAUGAGACUCAGUCCUGUGCUGUAGGUCUGGGAUGUAACGAGAUGCGUCGGAAACGUGCCGAGACGUCCCACGUGGUAAAUGCCGACACCAGAGUGCACGUGCUAUGGCACGCGCGGGGAGGGGUUUCGUGUCUGCGCACGAUCAAUGGGAGAAAACAUCACCAUCGCCGACGAGCCCAGGGACCGGCCAGAGAGAGAGAAACGGGUUCUAAUCGCAUCCGACGGAGUUGAACGUUGAGAUUGUUCCUUCCUGGCGAGACGUGUGUGUUAACAGUCUGACUGGAGAGCGCACGGAAAUUCAGCGCACUGGACAGACAUUCUGAAGUCAUCCCUGAUUCAACCAGACAGAGCUUGUUACCGUUAGCAGGAGUGGCACAGACAGCCGGGAGACAGUUGGGAGACAGUUGGGAGACAGCCGGGAGACAGUUGGGAGACAGUUGGGAGACAGUUGGGAGACAGUUGAGAGACAGUUGGGAGUCAGCCGGGAGACAGUUGGGAGACUCCCAACACCAGGGCAUUCCCAGAACAGUGGCCGGUGAGCCGUUGGCGAUGAACUGGACAGACGUCCUGCUGGAAGCGGUCAUCGUCUCCGUGGUCGUGGUCUCGUUGGUGUCCAACCUUCUAGUGCUGCUAUGCUUCGUCCAGAGCUCGGAGAUCCGCGCUCAGGUGCCCGGAGUCUUCCUCCUGAACCUCUCCAUCUCCAACAUCCUCACCUCCACGGUCAACAUGCCCUCCACUCUGUUCGGGAUCGCCCUGAGGGGUCAACCGUUCGGGGACGCCUUCUGCAGGGCCGUGAGUUUCCUGGAGACGUUUCUGACGGCCAACGCGAUGCUAAGCAUGGCCGCGCUCGGCGUGGACCGCUGGCUAGCCGUGGUCUUUCCAUUGAGCUACUCCAGCAGGCUGCAGUACCGGGACGCGUUGGUGGUGUUAGGGUGCUGCUGGCUGCACUCCGUCGCCUUCUCCCUCGCCGCGCUGCUCAUGUCGUGGGGAGCCUACAGUGACACGUACGCGUCGUGCAGCGUGUGCCUCGCCGGCGGCGCUAGGAGCGCCGGCGGCGCGGGGGAGUUUGCCGUGUUCGCCGCCUUCACCGUUCUCUUCCACUGCUCGACGUUCGCGCUCUGCCUCGUCGUCAUGUGCUUCGCCUACCUGAAGGUGCUGAGGGUGGCGCGCCUCCACUGUCGGAGGAUUGACGUGGUCACGGUGCAGACACUGCUGCUGGUUGUGGACAUCCACCCAAGUGUGAAGGAGAGGUGUCUGGCAGAACAGAGGAAGAGGAGACAGAGAGCCACUAAGAAGAUCUGCAUCUUCAUCGGCACCUUCAUCCUCUGCUUUGGUCCACAUGUCAUUACCAGAUUGUUGGAACUCCUCCCCCAGGUGAGUGUGGGGCGUGACUGGGGUGUGGCCACCAGGUGUCUGUCUUAUGCCAAGGCGGCGUGCGACCCCUUUGUCUACUCCCUGUUGAGGCAGCAGUUCCGGAAGGUUCUGGGCGGCUUCGGGAACCGGGUUCUGAGGCAGGAUCGCUACCUGAUCUCAACGUCUGCCGGAAGACAAAGCUCCAGCAGCUACGACACCUCUGCAACUGAUGACUUCCCCAUCCGCAUGGUCACCUGACUGUGAUUCGGCGGCACUGAGGAUGACAACGCCAUUCUGGCUUGGAGAGGCUACAAGGAGGCAGUUUGGUCUUGAACCACUGAGACUGCUUGGGACAGUCGGAACGGAGUGGGCGGGGCUUGAGCGGGGAGGCUAAUUUGAAUUAGAAUACUGCAGACAGUGGAGAAGUGAAGCUAACGAGGCUAAUUAGGGGUCUACUAUGUAGAACACUGCUGGUUCUCUAUUGGACCUGGCUGGUCGUGGGGGCUAGUCAUGGGUACUGGUCAUGGGGGCUGGCCUGGGGCUAAAUCAGCCCGGAAUACAGAUGAACAGCAGCAGUCCUCAGUGUCCCCUGGAUAUCAGAAACCCUAGUCAUAGGUCAUACCAGGGCAACAGGUUAUGGGGUCACCAGGCUAUAGAGAUUCUGGGGUAAUGAUAUGGUAAUGUCUUAUUAGCCAAGCACAGGCAGUGAAGACAGAGCAUCAUUCUGAGACUUCGUUCCAAAGGAAACUCUUUUCCACACACACACACACACACACAACCCUGAACAAAAGAAGUGCACCACCAAAUAGUGAAUAGAGUGCUGUUCUGGACAUUACCCAAGGAGACUAGAGAUGGUUGGGGAUGGUUGGAGAAAGAUGGAGAUGGUUGGAGAUGGUUGGAGAUGGUUGGAGAAGGUUGGAGAUGGUUGGAGAUGGUAGGAAAAGGUUGGAGAUGGUUGGAGAAGGUUGGAGAUGGUUGGAGAUGGUAGGAAAAGGUUGGAGAUGGUUGGAGUAGCCAGAGGCCUGGCUUGGCAAUAAGCUGGUUUACUUAUUAAAUAAUAAAUGUAUUGGCACAUGAUUAU